CUUCACUAUACUACCACAAACUUUGGUUCACUAUAAACGUCGAUUGAAAACCGUCUUUUCCUCUUUACUAUACUACCACAAACUUUGGUUGGAUACCCUAUAAUCCAAAGGGAAAAGAUGCUAAUUUAAAUGUUUUUGAGAUUUGCAUAAAAAUUAAAUAUAACUAAUAUAUCUAUCCAACUCCUAGCCUCCCACCACACCCUCUCUCACGUUUUCUAGUUUUUUUUUUAUUGGGUACUAAAAGGAAAGAGGAGAAAAUGGAGGAAGCAGUUACUUUUUUAACCAAACGUUGGGACUGGUUAGCGUGACAACCCCUAAGGGGGUUGUUAAUCUCGCUUCCCCCUUAAGGGUCGUCCAUCCUUCUAAUCCUCAAUCCUACGGUUCGAAAUGGGCAGGGUCAAAUAAGAGAACUCCCACACUGGAUUGUGCUCCCCCUAAUUCGCUGACGUCUGCCUUUUUUUGAAAAAGCAAAGAAAUCAGUGGGGGAGAGAAAUUAGCCACCCUCCCCGCCGAACCUUUCGUCUCCCCGCUUGUUCGUUCCUCCCCCAAAAUCUAUUUUCCUCCGUCUUCUCCCAACAUCACAAAAACUCCCCUUAUACGGUCUCGUAUAGUUUUUGGCUGCGGGUCUUGGUAGUUUCGCGUCCGGCUAAUACUUUGUUGGUCAGGGCAAAGGUAAGGUAAUUCAUGUAUGAUCAAAAACUUUUUGCAUGGUUAUUUGCGAUCGGUCUCCAUUGAUGUUUGGUUUCCCUGGACGGUUCGUCGAUGAUGUCUCUCCUUCCCACUUCAUCUUUUGUUUUGAAAUUUUGGUUUGCUAACCUAGUUUUGAUCUCCUUCUUUUUAAUGGCGUAGGCGAACCUCCUUCUGCCAUUCUGAUUUUCUGCGUCCGUGAAGACAAUCGGCGGUGAGCUUUCUUUCCCCUUCUGGUUUUUGUUUUUCGGAUUCAACGUUGGAGUAAGCCACAUGCAUGCCUGUCUUUGUUGUUUGGUGUUUUUGUUUGUUGUUGGUAUGAUCCACAGGUAGUAUUAAGAAUAGUACCAAUGCAGAGGUAGUUUUGGGACUGGUACCAGUUUGAUUCGUUUUGAUCUGAUUUUCUGGUACUUUUUUAUGUAAAAGUACCAUUAAUUUGGUACUACUAAUUGUCCCAACAUGUAGAAGUAGUACUUGUGCUUUUGUUUGUUGUUGGUAUGAUCUACCAGUACUAUUAAGAUUUUUACCUAUGCUACAGAUAGUUGUGGUACCAGUUAGAUUCGUUUGUGGUAAGAUUUUAUGGUACUCUUCUUUUGGUACCAGUACCACUGAUUUGGUAUCACUAAUUGUCCCAAUAUGUAGAAGUGGUACUAUGGUUUUCUUUUGGUACUGGUGUUUUUUAUUGGUACCACUAAUUGUCCCAAUAUGUAGAAGUGGUACUGGUGUUUUCUUUUGGUACUUUUCUAUUGGUACUGGUUUUUUCUAUUGGUACCACUAAUUGUCCCAAUAUGUAGAAGUAGUGCUGGUGUUUUCUUUUGGUAUGAUUUUCGGGUACUUUUCUAUUGGUACUUUCCUAUUGGAACCAGUAGUAGUAUUGUACCAGUAGCAUUGUACAUUGCAGUAGUACUUCUAGUGAUACAAAUCGACUUGUGUUGUUGCAACAAUGGCCAAAACAAAGAUCCCAGCUAUAGCAUCCCAUGUAACACAACAACCUUAUGCGGGAAUGGCCAAAGCAAAGAUACCAGCUACAACAUUUGCGAAAAACAAACAACCUGUUGGUUAUGUUUCUCGGCAGGUAGCAGUCUACUUGGGGGAAUCUAGUGAUUCUGGUGUUGGGCCUAUUAAGAAACGGCUAUGCGCUGAGGUAGCCAAGAUUUUCAGGAAGGAGAAGAAGCAACGGACUGCGUGAGAAAAACCUUCACUGUUAACCGGAACAGGAGCUAUACCAACCAAUGGCAAUCUGUAUGUCCUGUUGGUGUGGUUCCUUGAUAGGACCGUAGACAGCUUGCAGCUUGCAUUAGGUAUGCUCAAAUGGUCCAGAAAGCCAUUGAAGACCCGAGGAAAUGACUGGUAAAGCUACUGAUAUGCAAGAGGCACUACUACGUGGAUAUACCCAGGUGUCACAGCAGUAGUAGGAAGAUUAGUUCAUGUACGUUUGUAACUAUGAACAAGUUUGUUGUGGUGUUUGUUGUGGUGUUUGUUUGCUUUAAUUUGAUCUUGGACAAAGUAUUGUUCCUUACAUUGGCAAAAUGGUUUUUUUGUUGGAUUGUGAGAAUUAAGUACCUUAUUACUA